CGUGACUAUUGGAAACAACGUAAAGACGCAAUUUUUUCUGAAAGCGACUUUUUGUUUUUGCCUCUCUAUCUCUCAACGAGACAAUGGUUGGUUCCUAAAUCUCUCACCUCAACAAAUCUUCUGAUCAGGGUUUCUCAGAAUCUUUCUACUUUGUUGACUCGGUUGCUUAUCUGACUCAGUGAUUUGAGUUCAUCGGUGAACGAGUUAAGAGUAUCCUCGCACACUCUAGGCAUCUUUUCUCCACUUGCGUCAAUGGUAUUCUCUCAAUCGUUGUUUCAAUGCUUCUCUGUUCACAAUUUGUGAUUUACCUUAAGUUAGAUUCUCGAAUUCGAUUAGGGUUACACAAAAAGUUUGGAUUUUUAUUAAAAGGGGAUUCUGAAUUGGUUUAGGACAAGUCAUUGUCGAUUUAUAUUUCCAUUAUGAUUUUGUUCAUCAAAUCUCUCUGAUUUGGAUCGAAAUUUGAACAUAUCAAGCUUAUGCUUCUGUUCCUGUCAAGUUCCUUAACAAAUUCACACAAAGUUUUGUCCUUUAUGAUGUUCUCUAUGAUUUGUACUUAGAUUCUAUUGGUUGUUCAAUGCUCAUUUGUGAUUCAGAACACUAUUACUUCUUCACUUACUAUUAGCUUUACUCUUCUUGAUUGGUAUGAAUGUAUCUGUAAAUUAGUUAGUUAGAGGGUUUAGAGAGGUGUUACUUGUUAGUAUCGGAUCAGUACUUCGUUUGAUCGCGUAUGUUACACAUUUGUACAAACUCUUAUAUAGUAUUAGAGAACCACAGCGAACCAAUCUCUCUCUUUUCUCUUCCAUAUGCAGAAAUUUGCACAAAAGUUUUAUCCUUUAUAAUAUUCUCGUAUGAUUUGUACUUAGAUUGUAUUGGUUUGUUCAAUGCCCAUUUGUGAUUCUAAACACUAUUACUUCUUUAGUUACUAUUAGCUUCACUGAUGGAUAUGGGUAUGAUAUGUAUAUGCAAAUGAGUUAGAUAGAGAGCUCUAGUCUCGGAUCAUUACUUCGUUUAAUCGCCUGUGUAUAGACACAUUUGUACAUGUUUACACAGCUAAUGAAAUGAGUUUUACAGAUUAACAAACUGUAGUAUAGUAUUAAAGAACUAAAUCUCUCUCUCUCUCUCUCUCUUUUCUCUUCAAUUUGCGAAAUUUUCGUUCGAUUCAGAUUAAGUCAUGGAUCUAGAGCUUGACUAUGCGAUAGUCUUGUUUGCUAAUUGAUACACACAUUGGUUUGGAUGGAAUUGCUGAUUUCUUCUGCAUUAUAGUUUCUCUCCUCAAUGGUUACUUUGUGGUUUGUUACUGAAACAGGAGAUGGUGGGAAACUCGUUGGCUUCACCUUUGGCAACAUUGGGUUCAGCCAAAUGCUUCCGCCACUCUGCAGUUGAUCUUGUAACAUACACUAAUGUUUUACCAUUAAGAUUGAACUCGUCGUAUCAUGGUGUUAAUGGAGGCGUAAGGACAUCUUCAUAUUCGCGAAGCAAGUGGAUAGUGUUUUGUUCAACAACACAAGUGGAAACCUCUAAUGAAGAUCCAAAUAUAUGGGAAGAAUGCAAAGAAGCUUUGUCUUGUUUUGAUUUCAGUGUUGAGGAGAAAGACAAGAUACUAGGGAAAGCGUUUGGUCAUAUCCACUCUCCGUACUGGACCGAAGAACGAGUGAAAGAGAAUCCAAAGGUGGAAACUUUGAAUCAAAUACUAGAGUUCCUUAGAAGUCUUGGUUUAUCAGACGAAGAUCUUCAUAAGGUGAUGAAGAAAUUCCCGGAAGUACUUGGUUGCAGUCUUGAAGAGGAGAUGAAACCAAACAUUGGGAUUUUGGAAAACCAAUGGGGGAUUACGGGUAAGCAACUACGAAAUCUGUUGCUUCGGAAUCCGAAAGUGUUGGGAUAUAAUGUGGAUUGUAAAGGAGAUUGUGUUGCUCAAUGCACUCGGUGUUGGGUUCGGUUUUAGUCCUUUACUAGUUCGUCUAUUCACCAUUCUGAAUGAUCGUUGAUAUUUUACAUAUUUGAGUGUAGCUUAGAAAUAGAGCAAGAGCUGAUUUGUAUCUAGUCCUCCAUCUUCUUGUUUCAUCACAGCUACUUGAAUAAACAAUCGAUCAUGAUUUAAGGACCGUUGUGUAGGUCUCGGUGGAAACUAUCACAUUUGAAAAUAUCAUACAAAGAAAAUCAUUCCAUUAAGAAAGAAAAAGACUAGAGAGAAAGUGAAAAGACAAUGUAACAAAAACAUCUUUCAUUUAUCUUUAACUGAUGAUAAUAUGUUUAGUAACG